GCGCACACGGAGAAAAAAAAAGUGAGAGGUCGACACACACACAUAUCCCCUCACAAGUCAAUUCACAUCUCGUGUGUGUUAUCUCGACUCUUUCAUCCUUUCCUUCGGGUUCGUUUCGCAAUUCGUUCGGUGGAUCCCCUUGUUUGAAUCCAUCUUCCUUCCGACAGUCGCUCUGUUGCUCAAUCAUGAAGUUCUCUAGCAUCGCUCUCGCCACAGUCUUUUUCGCCGCCAAGGCUCAAGGAUUUACGGGGUCUUCCAUCAAACCUCGAUUUGGUGUACAGGCUCACAGUGUUCUCAAAAUGAGCACCGCCACAGAAACCGACAAGAUGGCAGCCCUCGCUACCGCCGCCGACGAGGCCCGUGGUCUCGCUAUGGACUCCAUUGCCAAGGCUCAUUCUGGACACAUGGGUCUGCCCCUGGGUGCCGCGGAAAUUGGAGCCGUCCUGUACGGAUCUCAGAUGACCUACAAUCCCAAGGAUCCCACCUGGAUCAACCGUGAUCGAUUCAUCCUUUCCGCCGGACACGGAUCCAUGUUCGUCUACUCCUGGUUGAACCUCGCCGGAUUCGACCUGCCCAUGGAAGAAGUCAAAAACUUCCGUCAGCACCACUCCAUGACCCCUGGUCACCCCGAAUUCCCCAGCUCGGAACACAACACUCCCGGAAUCGAGUCCACCACCGGACCCCUCGGACAGGGAGUUUCCAACGCGGUAGGAUUCGCCGCCUCCGAAAAAAUGGCCGAAGCCCUCUACAACACGAACGAUCACAAAAUCUUUGAUCACCACAUCUUCACCCUUGCUGGAGACGGAUGUUUCCAGGAAGGUGUUUCCGCCGAAGCCGCCGCCUUUGCCGCUCACGAAAAACUCGACAACUUGAUUGUCCUCUACGACGCCAACGAAGUCACGCUCGACAAGAUGGCCGAAUACACCCAGUCCGAAGACAUUAUCAAGCGCUACGAUGCCUACGGCUGGGAAACUUACGAAAUCGACGGUCACGAUCUCGAGACCGUCGAAAAGACCAUCGCCGCGGCCAAGGCCAGCAACAACGGCAAGCCCAAGUUCAUCAAGUGCAACACCAUCAUUGGUAAGGGUAUGGAAGAAACCGAAGGAACCAACGCCGCUCACGGAGAAGCCGGUGUCCCCUACGUUGACAAGGCCAAGGAAAAUUUGGGUCUCCCCGUCGACGAAAAGUGGUUCGUUUCCGCCGGAACUCGCGAUUUUUUCAGUGAGGUGCAAAAGACGAACGCUGCCGCCUACGGCGAAUGGCAAAAGACUUACUCGGCGUGGAAGGAAGCCAAUCCUGCUCUCGCUAAGCAGCUCGAAGAUUCCGUCACCGAUAACGUCAUGCCCGCCGAGGACAUGAUCAAGGAAAUUCCUGAACUAAAAUCGGGCGCCGAAGCCACUCGUGUUUCGCAGAACAAGGUGAUCCAGGAAAUCUCCCGGCUCGUCCCCCACUACAUUUCGGGAUCGGCCGAUUUGCACGGAUCCACCCGUAACUACAUUGACGGAGGCGGUAACUUUGGUUCCGGCUUGGACAAGACCUACGCAGGCAAGAACUUGUACUUUGGAAUUCGGGAACACGCCAUGGGUUCCAUCAUGAACGGAUUUGCCUACCACGGUCUCUUCAAGGUUUCCGGGUCAACGUUUUUGGUAUUUGUCGAUUACUUCCGUGCCACUCUGCGUGUCGCUGCUCUUUCCGAGCUCAACCGUGUGAGCUACAUUUUGACGCACGAUUCCAUUGGUGUUGGUGAAGAUGGUCCCACCCAUCAGCCUGUCGAAACCGUUUCGGGUCUACGGGUUAUCCCCAACUUGGAUGUCUUCCGACCUGCCGAUGCCGAAGAAACCGUCGCCGCUAUGGUGCACUCGGUCACCCACAAGAAGGGACCCACCGCUCUUAUCUUCUCCCGUCAAAACGUUGCCCAGAACGACGAUAUGGACUACAUGGCUCGUCGUGAAGGUGCCCUCAAGGGAGCCUACAUUGCCAAGAAAGAAACCGAAGAUCUUGAUGUUAUCAUUAUCGCCACCGGUUCCGAAGUGCAACACGCGUUGGUCGCCGCCAAGGACAUGCCCGGUGCCCGUGUGGUCUCUAUGCCUUGCAUGGAACUCUACGAACGUCAAUCGGACGAUUACAAAGAAUCCGUCCUUCCGUCUUCGUGCACCAAGCGCGUGGCGAUGGAAGCCGGUGUGAGUGGACUCUGGUACAAGUACGCCUCCAAGGUUGUUGGAGUCGAUCGCUUUGGAUUCUCCGCUCCCGGUGAUAUCGUCAUGAAGGAACUCGGCAUGACCGCCGAAAACUUGGCCAGCGAGAUUGCUUCCAUGAGCUAAGCGCAGAAGCUUGUGGUUUUGGUAGUAUCUAUCUAGUAUGACUAAUUAAUAAACGAACUAAUGUUGCCUGUGGCACACAAGAAUGUUUACCCUUGUCACCCUAUGCCACCGAUGAAUCUAGUUACGGAUGGAAUAAUUAUUGGUGGGCGGAGGGAAAGCUUUGGCAAAGGUAAAGGCUUCGGUUGUGGGUCCCAUACUGUCGAGUAUGUCCAAUAUAGCCUUGGCUUCGUCCACGGUCGGGAUAUGCCCCUGCGGAAUCCACCACAUACAGAAAUGCGGCUUGGUAAGUUUGGUGAACCAUUCCUUGCGAUCCUUCAACAACUCGACGUGCAUGGUGCGGUAUACGAAAGUUUUGAGUGACGCCACAUCCUGCCAGACGGACAUAUUUACGAGCAUACGAGAAUCGUCGUAGGCACGGAGACUCGUGGCAUCCCCAUCCUCGGUUUGCAGACGCCAGACAAAACCAGGUGCUUGGUCGGCAAGGGCAUUAAUUUCGUGCAAUCGAUCCGCGAAUCCCUGCAUGACGGGGUCGUCGAUCUCUCCCAGACCCUGUGCAAUAUUAAUUUGGGCCAAUUCGUAUUGAUUGUUUGGCAUAAUGGCCUUGGGAUGGAAGCCGAAAUCUGAGGAUUCGUGUCGAUGGAUAGAGUCGGAU